ACUCGUUUGACGGGACAUUCUUUAAGCUCGUCAUUAGCGCUUGAACACGCUCAUCCAACCUCAUUCCAGUCUGAAGGCCAAUGGGCGAGAUUUCAGUCUUUGUGUUAUUUAUCCUCUGACAACUGCGACAGAACGUUCACACAUGCUGGAUCCUUUUGAAUCGUGAAGGAAGAACUCAAUGGAUUAUUAAUUAUGAGGAGUUGAGGAGAAAGAAGAGGAUCUUUUUGAAGAACUGCUGUAAGCCUUUGAGCCAGAAUAAUGGAACAGAAUGAGUCAAUAGAUUUUAAGACCCUGAAGGCCCGGUUUCAGGGUGAAAAUAAUUUGAAGAUCCCCACCAAACCAGUCAUACCAGAGAAACCCAAAAGAGUCCCUCCUCUGCCGGCGAAAGUCAGCAACCCCCUGAUCAGCUCCAUUAAUAAUGUUGUGAAAAAGGGUACGCCUCACGCUCCACGUGUGGUCUUCAGAGAUGAUAAAAAUCUCAACCACCAGCUCUCCCCAACGUGGGGGUCAAAGGGUAAUGUGCAAAAACCUGCCAAUAAUUCAGAACUUCUGAAUAACGACCAGGAGAGGGAAGGCGACAUUCCCAAGAGGCCUAUCAAAUAUAGGAAUCUUCCACUGGUUCUGCCAGUGCCUCAAAUAAAAGCUAAAACCCAAGUGCCUGAAACCAGCUCACUUACACCUGUAUCUGUUUCACCAGCCAUGGUGUCCACUACCAAGAAAUUUGUAUUUAACCCUACAAAAACUGGCAAUGAUGUUGUUAACCUGACAUCAUAUGCUGAAGGCAGUCCAUUUACACCACAGUAUGUUUCACCAGCCAGAGUGUCCACACCCAAGACAUUCAUAUUUAACACUAUAAACGCUGGAACAGAUACUGUGGACAACCCAAAACCAGCCCUUCGUACUUUUGACUAUUCUGUCAAAAGUCCGCCGACUCCUGCUAACCCAUCUAUAACAGCUACUGCUCCUUCUGAGAGUGUGCCCAUAGUCCCUAAAGCUCUUAUCCCUCCUCAGACUUCAGCUGGAGAACAUCCCGUCCCCAGCAUUUCUGCCUCAAGUAUUCCAGCACAGCACAUCCCAACCUUUCCCAUCCUUCAGUCUAAGAUUCCUGAGCAAACCAUUCCAAAACCAGCUACUCGUUCUGAAACUGUUAGUAAACCAGCAGUUACCAUGACAGAAACACCUCCUAAACCGAUUAUAAAUUUGCUCAAUUUAUCCGAGGUAUUUCCUCCACCGCAAGAAAGCCCUCCUCCACAUGAAAGCCCUCCUCCAGACUUCACUGAUAUUCCUCCUCCAAUUUUCCCUGAUGAGGAUUUUACAGACGAAGUCUUUUCUUAUCAAGCCAUUGCUAGAUUCCCUGCAUCUAUUAGUCCAACUGUCUCCAGGACAUCCUCCCCUGCCCCACCCACUCGUUCAACCAUAUCUCCAGAGCUUUUGCUGAAGCCCUAUACAUCUCGUCAAGGCACUGUUGCCACUCUGAGCACCCCUUCAACAGUCCUACUGGAUAAAGCGGUAGUCAACAAGGAGAACCAGACCUCACCCAAGUCACCACUUUCAUUCUUGGAGAGAGCCGAGGAGAUGUCUCCAGUUAAACGUACCGCACCACUUGACAACCGUGUGUUUAACAUACUUGAAAGGGCAAAGAAGAUGUCCACCAUGAGCCAGGGGGCUAGCACACCUGAAAAAACAUCCCCAUAUAAGAUGGAUCCACCUACGGUAGCUCUGUCUGAUACUUUGACCCCUGACAUGGCCCAACCUAAUCUAAGGCCAACUGAAAAAGCUUUACCACAGAUACCCAAAGCCAUGACUGAGGAAGCCUUGACUGUGCCGGAAAUAUGUGAAUGCCCUCCUGUUGACUAUGCGGAUCAUGUUCAUGUUCCACCAAAAUCCUAUCUACCUGAAACUCCACAGGUUAAUGGAUUUGAUCACAGGCAACUUUCACCAGGGAUUGUGUCAGUGGUAAAGCCAGUUAAUCCACCAACUCCACCAAUACGGAAGCCUCUACCAGCCACACCUGUUGGAGAGACCCCGACUGAGAAACCAAGGCCUCCUUUUGAACACCUACAGAUUCCUACCACUCCAACUCACCAUCUUGAGGCAUAUGAUGAGGAGCCAUAUAACAACUCCUUCGAUGAAUCUUUUGAAGAUACUGAAGAAUACGAAACUCCACCCGUUCCAAACUUUAGGCCAAUACCUCCAGUAGUAUCAGGUUUUGGAAGACCAACAUCUGGUCAUGAUAAAGCCUUCCAGGAACAGUGGGAUCCAAACCCUCAUGUUGCAAGGGAGAUGCUUCCAAACACGGAUUAUAGAGACAAUGGAGAAGCAGAUUUCGGAUCUGUGAUCUCUAGCUCUCCACAGCCAGGCACACAAGCCUCUUUACUACAAGAUCAUGUGCGAAGCUCCCCUGUCAGUUCAGGAUUCUUAUCUCAAUCAGGUGACAAUGUCUAUGAAGACCUAUCAAUUGGUAAAAAGGGGAAGAGCAAGAAACCGAAAGGAACUCCAAAAAGCAAGACGAAGAAGAACAUAACUACUGCUGUUGAAAAUCCAUAUGCGGAUGCAGCUUCUGCCAAGGAGCAGACUCCCAAGAAAGGCUUGUUCUCCAGAAAAAACUCAGCAAAGUCGGCUCAAGAAAAAGAACUAAAGAAGAAGGAGAAACAGCGUGAGAAGGAAAAAGAGAAAGAGAAGGAAAGAGAGAGAAAGGAGCAGAAGGAAAAGGAAAAGAAAGAAAAUGAAAUGAAGAAAAAAUUUAAGAUCACGGGACAGGAGGAGCCCAUUUAUCACGUUAAAGCGAUGGAGGACUGUAAGAGCAGUAAAAAUGACCUGCUGGUAAAAGUUGGAGAAACUGUGAGCAUUAUUCGUACCACCAGCUGCCCUAAGGGAAAUGGCUUGCCAAGGACAGCAGCAACAGAUACGGUUAUGUCCCAGUGGAGAGCAUGGAUUUGAACAUCGAUGGAAUUAAGGAGCUGGGGAAGAUGACAACAGCGACCAACAGAGCCAUUGUCAAUGGUCAUGGGGAAAUCGCCAGUACAGGCAGCAGAACCUCGGAUCAUAACGCCAUGAACAAUGAAAGCUUCUCAGAUUACAGCGAGGAAUGGACAAUCGAUGAAGAUGAGCCCAUAAACAGCUCACCCAGUGAAGCCGCACACAU